GCUUGAACAUCCGGGUCUGCGGUUCAGGAGCAGUCACUGCCAUUAGCUCGUAGCCGUGGUUGUGUGUGUGUUUGUGUGUGUGUGAGCUUUUAAAAAAACAGGCCAUUCAAAAUGCAAACUGUAGUGAACCUCGCUUUAUUCUCGUCUCUGCAGGUGUUGUUGUCUCUGACGUGUUUCCAGCAGGUUGCGGAAGCGGCCAGCUCCAGAGGGUUUGGAGAUAACAUCCACUGGAGGACGCUGGAUGAUGGCAAGAAGGAAGCGGAGGCCAGCGGGCUGCCAAUCAUGCUCAUCAUCCACAAGAGCUGGUGUGGAGCCUGCAAAGCACUGAAGCCCAAAUUUGCUGAGUCCAAGGAAAUCUCUGAACUUGCACACAACUUUGUCAUGAUCAACCUGGAGGACGAGGAGGAGCCAAAGGAUGAAUCCUUCAGCCCCGAUGGUGGAUACAUUCCUCGGAUUCUUUUCCUCGAUCCCAGCGGCAAAGUUCAUCCUGAAAUCUCCAACAAGAACGGAAAUCCGAGCUACAAGUACUUCUACAGCAGCGCAGAGCAAGUUGUGUCCGGUAUGAAGGAGGCGCAGGAAAAGCUGACGGGCGACGCCUUCAAGCAGGCCCACAAUGUAGACGAGCUGUGAGGAGGCGGGAGCGAGGCGUCAGGCUGUAAGGGCUACACUUUCCUCUACCUGAGCCUGUGCUUCAGAGAACAAACAACCCUCCUGUCACUAUUUAUACUCACCUUUCAUCUCACUGACCAAACCAAGCCAAGCGUUUAACGGCCGCGUCGGUGCUUAAGUACUUCUUUAGGUCCUAUACAUUUUUUUUUUUUUUCCCCUACGACGACGUCUCCCUGUCUUUGUUUUACGACCUGUAUAUUGAUAAUCUACUGAUAAUUAAAUGCCAUGUACUGUACUUACUGUCUGUAGAGGAUAUAACUAACUCACGAUAGCCAGGUUAACUGUUAUUAACUCAUUUGCUUGCCAAGUUCUCCACAUGUCAUUUUUUUUUUUUAAUCCAUGAAAGUUCUUUUUCAUGCUGUAGACGACUGUGAAAUUCAUUUUAACCAGUAGAGUUAUGUUUCCCCUGCACUGACAGCAACGAUACAGUAUUUCACAUCAGUCAAGAUAAAUAAUUUAACACCUUCAGUGAUGUGCUUCCAAAGAUCCUCUACAGUAUCUGUGACAAUAUUUACCAUGAACUGCAACAACAUGGACUGUACUUCUGAUUUUCUCUUCUCCACUGUCUUUAAAAAUAAUUAAUUCUUCAUUUAAUCCUAUAAUUACCGUAAUAUCUAUAUCUACAUACUUGUUUUCUCCUGUUCUCUGUUUUGCUGCUCGUGAAGUGACACUCGGUUCUUUUUAAAACUCUUUGAAUGAGGGAUGAAAAACAUUGGGUUAAGUGUCUUGAUGUAUUUUAUACAUGUACACAGCCAAGUGUGCGAAAUAAAAGUUUGUUGUACUGA